GCAGGACCUAAAUGUGGUCCAGCAGGACUUGGAGGUGGCACAAUGGGACCUGGUGGUGGACCAAUGGGACCUGGUAGUGGCCCAGUGGGAGCUGGAGGUGGCCCAGUGGGACCUGGAGAUGGCCUAGUGGGACCUGGUGGUGGCCCAGCAGGACCUGGAGGUGGCCCAGCAGGACCUGGAGGUGGCACAAUGGGACCUGGUGGUGGACCAAUGGGACCUGGUAGUGGCCCAGUGGGACCUGGAGAUGGCCCAGUGGGACCUGGGGGUGGCCCAGCAGACCUGGAGGUGGCCCAGCGGGAUCUGGUGGUGGCCCAGCAGGACCUGGAGGUGGCCCAGUGGGACCUGGUGGUGGCCCAGCUGGACUUGGAGGUGGCCCAGCAGGACCUGAAGGUGGCCCAAUAGGACCUGGAGGUGG